CUGAACAUUUUUUAACCGCUGGGCAUGAUUUGUGUUACACACGCUCGUUUUCUUUCUCCGUUUUGUUUUCUCGUUAACACUCGCGACUUCCAUAUAUAAAUAUAGCACAGAGAGUUCCCGAUAUCUUUAGGUGGUGAGGAACCGAUGAAUACGACGCCGUUCAUGGACAAGCAGAUAAUGGAUCUGUCGCAGGGAUCGGCGGCGACGCAUGGCAAAGACUUCAUCGACCUGAUGAAUCAUCCGGAAGAGGAGAAAGAAGGGGCUGAUCCUCACACCCACCACGCACACCAAAUCGGCGGAGCUCCUAGUAAUGGUAUUGAUCAGAAGGAGGAGAUCUUGCCCAGCUACGAUUUCCAGCCCAUUCGCCCUCUCGGAGCCGCUACAUCUCCGUCACCCAAUUUCGAUGCCACCCCCAUUCUCUCCGGUCGGGCAUGGAGCUCCGCUUCCGAUUCCAAGCUCAACACAGCCACAUCCGCUGACACUCCUAAUCCUAUUAGAAAUUACGGUUCUUUGGACUCCAUUGAACCUGCAAAAGUCGUUAUAGAGAAGGAUCAAAGUGUCUUUGAUUCUGCAGUUGUGUCUGAGAUUGAUCGAACAAUGAAGAAACAUGCAGAUAAUUUGCUACAUGUGUUGGAAGGUGUUAGUGCACGAUUAAUGCAGCUGGAAAGCAGAACCCGCAACCUUGAGAAUUCUGUAGAUGAUUUGAAGGUGUCUGUUGGAAACAAUCAUGGAAGCACCGAUGGAAGAAUGAGGCAGCUGGAGAAUAUUCUUAGAGAGGUGCAAUCAGGGGUACAGGUAUUGAAGGAUAAGCAAUUAAUACUUGAUGCUCAGCUUGAGCUUGCAAAGCUAAAAGUGUCCAAGGUAGACCAACAACCAGAAACCCAGAACACUGUGCAAGUGGAUUCUUUGCAGCAGGCUGCAUCUGCUCCUCAGCAGUCCCACCAAUAUCUCUCUCCUGUUAAUAACCCACAAGCACUCCCUGCACUUCCUCCCCCUAAUGCUCCACCUCAACCUUCUCCACAUCCGAAUCUUUCACCACCAGUUCAACUCCCUCCCCAGUUGCUUCAGAACCAGAUCCCUUCUAUUCCUCAGCGUGACCCUUACUUCCAACCACCUGGACAAACUCCAGAAGCCCCAAAUCAGCAAUAUCAAUCACCUCUAGGUCAGCAGUCGCAUCCUCCUCCUGUAGCACCACCACAUCAACAGUUUCAACCGGCCCCUCAACAACAGUUCUCCCAGCCACCACCCCAACUGCCUCAGCAGCAUCCAUCUCUUGUACCCGCUAAUCCCACGCAACUUCAACCUGCGUUAAGCCACCAUGCUGAAGAGUUACCUUAUGCUCCACAGAACUACCCACCAAGCCUUCGUCAGCCAUCAUCGCAGACACCCAGUGGACCCCCUCCCCCACAACAGUUUUAUGGGGCACCCUCUCACAUGUAUGAGCCACCAUCAAGCAGAUCCAGUUCAGGUUUUUCUUCCGGAUAUGGGUCACCAUCUGGGCCUACCGAACCGUACCAUUAUGGUGUAGCUCCUCAAUAUGUUAGUACUCCUGCGGUGAAACCAACACUCACUUCUCCUGCUGUAAUUCAGAGUGGUGGAAGUGGCUACCCACAACUCCCGACUGCUCGAGUACUACCUCAAGCCUUGCCCACUGCAUCUGGGGUUAGUAGUGGUUCAGGUUCUACGGGAACAGGGAACAGGGUUCCCAUUGAUGAUGUGAUCGACAAAGUGACAACUAUGGGAUUUCCAAGAGACCAUGUGAGGGCAACAGUUCAAAAGCUAACGGAAAAUGGCCAGUCAGUGGACCUGAAUAUAGUGCUGGAUAAGCUGAUGAAUGAAGGGGACGUACAGCCCCAAGAGGUUGGUUUGGUCGAUAGUAUAGGUGCUUUGCUUUCUUCCCCCAAAAUUAUCUUGUUUGCGCUGGAGUGUGUGAGGAGCUCGUCUUGAAUUUUAUUUGUGUAUACCGACGAUAAACGAAAGUGGAUUGACUGAGUUUUUAAAAUUUCUAGUCCCUUGCAAUCUAUAUUUAUCAAAUUAAUGUCUCAUAAACUC